UCUCCCUCUCCCUCUCCCUCUCCCUCUCAGAUCUCUUUUUUCUCCGUUCUUUUCUCCAUUUCCAUUUCUCCUUAUCCAUUUAUCCCUUUAAUCUCUCUUAUCCAUUUAUACAUACAUCUGUCUAUUGAAUUUUGGUAGAAUUUUGGAAGAACAUGUCUGGAAUUCUUCGCUUGAAGAAGCUCCGAGAAACCGCGAAUCAAACCGUCCGAUUCGCCGCAUCCACAGCCCUCACCACCACCGUUCGAUCCCACCAGAGAUUAUUCUCCCACCAAUCACCGAUCGCUGCCCGAUUCAACUGCCUCCUCCACAUAGGUACCUACCGCCGUCGUGAAUCCCUCGGAUCGCAGGAACGCCACAAAUGGGAUGGCGGCGGCGGCGGAGGCAGCGGGACCGGCCCUGAUGAUUCCCAACCGCCCCGCAAGAUCAAGGCCGAAGCGAAUUGCCCCCGUUGCUCUAAACAGAUGGGCCUCCUCUUCUCCAAUCACCCCUCAUUGCCCCCACCCCUAUCCCCACCGUUUGAUCGCGGGAGCUACCGGGCCGUCAAUCUAUGUCCCAAUUGCAAGACUGCUUUCUAUUUCCAGCCAUAUAAGAUGAUUCCGCUGCAGGGGAGCUUCGUCGAGAUUGGAAGGGUUGGUAAAGGGAGGGAUUCGGAGAAGAAGAAAGAGAAAGAAACCAAUGGCAGUGGUGAUGGCAGUCACGAGGAUUAUGGGAACCGGCUCGGGGUUUCGUUCUGGGAGACAUUGAGAUCGUAUGGAGGGGACCCGCCAGAGACUUGGCCACCUGCCCCACAUCCAGGGGCAGGGAAUGGAUUGGCAGUGCAGACGCCCCCAGGGCCACCAUUCGCACCAAAUGUGAAUGUCGUGCGGGCUGCAGGGCCUGGUGGAGGAGGGAGUGGUGGGGGGUUUGGUGGGAAGGAUGGAUGGGGCGGGUCGAACUUAGGGAAAGAUUUGCCGACGCCGAAGGAGAUUUGUAAGGGGCUCGACAAGUUUGUGAUUGGGCAGGAGCGCGCAAAAAAGGUGCUUUCUGUGGCUGUGUAUAACCACUACAAAAGGAUCUACCAUGCAUCCUUGAACGGGUCUGGGGCAGAAUCAGGGAAUCCUGAGGCAGAAAUUGAUGAGAAUGAUUCUGUGGAGCUAGAGAAAAGCAAUGUACUCUUGAUGGGUCCAACCGGCUCUGGGAAGACAUUACUGGCGAAAACAUUAGCUCGUUUUGUGAAUGUGCCUUUUGUCAUUGCAGAUGCAACAACAUUGACACAGGCUGGUUAUGUUGGAGAAGAUGUGGAGUCAAUAUUGUACAAGCUACUUAUGGUUGCUGAUUUCAAUGUAGCAGCAGCUCAACAAGGGAUGGUGUACAUAGAUGAAGUUGAUAAGAUAACUAAGAAGGCUGAGAGCCUGAAUAUUAGCAGAGAUGUAUCUGGGGAAGGUGUUCAGCAGGCAUUACUGAAAAUGCUGGAAGGAACUAUUGUGAAUGUUCCUGAGAAGGGGGCUCGGAAACAUCCUCGUGGUGAUAACAUUCAGAUAGAUACAAAAGAUAUUCUUUUUAUAUGUGGCGGUGCUUUUGUUGAUUUGGAGAAAACCAUUUCAGAAAGACGACAAGAUUCUUCAAUUGGUUUUGGAGCACCAGUACGUGCAAACAUGAGGACUGGUGGACUAACAAAUGCUGUAGUGACAUCAACCUUGUUGGAAUCAGUUGAAAGUGGUGAUCUUAUUUCAUACGGCCUUAUACCAGAAUUUAUUGGACGCUUUCCAAUCCUAGUUAGUUUGUCUGCUCUAAAUGAAGACCAACUUGUUCAGGUCCUCACAGAGCCGAAAAAUGCUCUCGGUAAACAAUACAAGAAACUGUUAAGCAUGAACAAAGUCAAGUUACAUUUUACUGAUAAUGCACUGAGGCUGAUUGCAAAGAAAGCAAUGGCUAAAAAUACUGGUGCACGUGGUUUACGGGCUAUACUAGAGAGUAUUCUUACUGAAGCCAUGUAUGAGAUUCCGGAUGUGAAAACAGGAAAUGAAAGGGUAGAUGCUGUUGUGAUUGAUGAGGAGUCUGUUGACUCUGUGGACUCUCAAGGAUGCGGAGCUAAAAUUCUCCGUGGAGAUGGUGCAUUAGAGCGUUACCUUUCAAAAACUAAGUCGAAAGAUCUACUGGCAAAUGUUGGAGGGGAGGGGGAAUUGGAAAGAGAAUCUGAGCUAUCUUCUAGAGCCAUGAGCAUGUAAUCUUACAACAGCUCUUAACCUCUGUAAAAUCUCCAUAUAAUUGCAUUCCAAUUGAUGUAACCAUCCUUGUAAUCAAGGCUUCCUGUUCAAUGGAAAAUGUAACAUGCUAAUUUAAGUAUCAUGUAACAUCUCAUUUGGGGUUAGUUUCAGUAAUCCCUCGCCCCAUUCACAAAAAAAUAAAUGAGCUUUGCCCUCUUGUUCAA